CAGAACACAGAAAGUGUGUGAGAGAGCGAGAGAGAGAGAAUGUGAGGCACGGAGAGCGUAUGUGAGUGUCUGUGAGAAAGCAGAAACAGCACACCGUGGAAUACUGCUCAGUAACUGACGGCUGAAGUGGGAACUUCCUAAUAAUCAGGGGACCUGGAGAACCUGUCACUUGUCAAAUAAGAAAGAAAACAAUGUAGGCUCUGUUAAGGCUGGAUUAAAGGGCUGAAGGAAUAAGGAAGAAAAAAAGGAAAAAUGGAAGAAAAGUAGAGGAAUGUUUUAAGGGUGACUGUUUUUCCCAAACUAGGAUUUUCCAUCCAUCACAUCUGGCAAAACUCGUCUCCCUCCCAGCUCAGAGGACGGACCUGGCUGGAAGUGUGUGUGUGUGUGUGUGUAUAUGUGUGUGUGAAUGUGUGUGUGUGACUGAGAAAGAGAGAGAUAGUGUGUGUGACACCUGUCGUCACUCAUCAUGCUUCUGAAUAAUUUCCAUAGCACUCACACACACAGCUGUAAACCCUAGCAGGAGCAGCAAAGACACCUGAGGAUUAUCUGACACACACACACACACACAUCUCAUGUCUAAUCUUCUCCAUCGCUAAGAUGACGUAAGGAUUUAACCGAGCAAUUCGGUGCCAUCUGACAGUGUGGAUACCUUUCUCACCAAACUGGCAUGCUAGAGUUGAGCACAUUCUAAUGAUUCUACUUUCCUGAAUCCAAAUGGAUUCAAUCUCUGAUCAACAGGUGAUAAUGUGGACCUGAGAAAAGGAUUGAAUGUGAGAAAUAGAGCUUAGGGUAAUUGCUCUCUGGUUUAGGAUACUUGCAACAGAGCGAAAGUCAUAGACCUCUCUAUUGUUCUGUGGCGUUUUUUGACACGUUGCUCUGAGCACAAUGAUGGAGAUCAUGUGGAGACUUUUAAGGACCCGACACAUCCCUUUUGCUCCUCUCUUGUAAGAGACCUGUAGGAGUAAGUGUGUUGUAAGUAAAGUGCUGGAGGUGUAUGGGAACUGACAUAAUGAACCUGCACGGGAACGUGUCGGAGUUGAUCUCGUCUGCUGUCAAAGCUGUAACUAUUCCGCCCUUUAACCCUGAACCUUGGCUUCCCGGGUCAGAGGGACUUCUGGGAAAUGGAGGCAGGAAUUUUUCAAACGGGUGUAACAGGAAUGAAAACGCCGAUGUGAAUUACUUUCCGUCAGGCAACUGGACUCAUGGAGUCAGGGGUUACAGUGAGGAAGGGAGGAUCCUGGCAUCAUCGCUGUGUGCAACGGGGAUGACGGCAGUGGACAAGAACUGGGCAGCGUUGCUGAUCCUGGCGGUCAUCGCCGUUACGGUGACGGGUAACAUCCUGGUUAUCAUGGCUGUGUCUCUGGAGAAGAAGCUCCAGAAUGCCACCAACUAUUUCCUGAUGUCGCUGGCCGUUGCUGACAUGCUUCUGGGCAUCCUGGUCAUGCCCGUCUCCAUGGUCACCAUUCUCUAUGACUACAGGUGGCCCCUGCCCUCUGACCUGUGCCCGGUCUGGAUCUAUCUGGAUGUGCUGUUCUCCACAGCCUCCAUUAUGCACCUGUGUGCCAUCUCUCUGGACCGCUACAUCGCCAUCAGAAACCCCCUCCACCACAGCCGCUUCAACUCCCGAACCAAGGCCCGCCUCAAGAUCAUGGCUGUCUGGACCAUCUCUGUGGGUAUCUCCAUGCCCAUCCCCGUCCUAGGCCUGCGGGACCACACCAAGGUGUUUAAAGAGGGCAGCUGCCUGCUGACAGACGACAGUUUUGUCCUGGUGGGCUCCUUCGUGGCCUUCUUCGUCCCCCUCACCAUCAUGGUGGUCACCUACUUCCUCACCAUCAGCGCCCUGCAGAACGAGGCUACCCUCUGCCUGGACCAGCUGGUGCCCCGGCCCAAGAGGAUCGCCACCCUGACCCUGGGCUUCCUCCCGCAGGGCUCACUCUCCUCAGAGAAGCUCUUCUUCAGGCGUUCGCUCAGCCGUGACACGGGAGGGGUAGGAGGAGGGGUCGGCGGGGCCGGUGUGGACCCGCGGUACGGGCGUCGCACCAUGCAGUCAAUCAGCAACGAGCAGAAGGCCUCCAAGGUCCUGGGAAUGGUCUUCUUCCUGUUCGUGGUCAUGUGGUGUCCCUUCUUCAUCACCAAUGUGUUGGCGGUGGUGUGCGACCCUGUGAACUGUGAUCCGGGGGUGAUGGGGGGGCUGCUGAAUGUGUUUGUGUGGGUGGGAUACCUCUCCUCAGCCAUCAACCCUCUGGUGUACACUUUGUUCAACAAGACGUACCGUGCAGCCUUCUCCCGCUACGUACGCUGCCAGUACAGCCCAGAGAGGAAGCCUCUGCAGCUCAUACUGGUUAACACCAUCCCUCCGCUGGCUUACAACUCCACCCACCUGCCCCUGGAGGAAAUGGGGUCCCUCGGGAAUGGGGUCCACAGCAGUGGAGGACCCAGGGACUCCCUUAGAAACCUUGUGAGGACCAAAUCAAACUCAGACAAACACAAGGCAACCAGGGACAAAGAUGAGAGCAUCAGCUGUGUGUGAGGCUGUGAGCCUGUAAGGACUCAAUCUCCCAUAAUCCUAGUGGAAUGUGCUGGGUUUUAUUAGAUUUCCCAUGUCAGUCUUGUUUUGGGAGGGAAACACUGGGAACGGGGGUUCCUGUGCUGGCAGUAGCGGUUCUAGACCAUUUCAACUGGGGGGGGGCAAGCUGGGGCCAGUUGUACUGUUAGAGGGGCCAGUUACAUUAGACGUUAUUGUUGUCAUAUCGUUUUGCAUGUGGUACGAUACUGUUGUGUUCCGCCUAAAGCCGUCCCUCUAGAAAAUGUGUGGGUUAAAUUAGUGUUCCGCGUUGCCACUGUCUAAUAAUGGAUGUAAAAAAAGAAUGAUAGCAAAAAUUAGUUAUGUAAAAAUUAUUUCAUACUCCACAUUUAGGGGGGCCACAAGGGGGUCCAAAAUUGUUGUCACAGGGGCACUGGCCCCCCCCCUGCCCCCCAGAACCGCUAGUGUGUGCUGGAGCAUGCUCAGUAGUUCCAUGGUGAGACUCAUGCUGCCAGGAAACAGGGAAAUAGGAAACAGGAAGAACAGAGAGAGGAAAGACAAUACCUGCCUCACAAACACUUAACCUAGUUACACCAGAAGAGAACAACUGAGCUAAUAUUAUAUUAUCAGCAACAGCCAGUCCCCCCCCCCCCCAAAACAAACAACAUACACCACAUACAAAAUCUAUAUUUGUGUAUACAUUGUGCACAUACGUAAAUAAAUACCUGUAUGUUCUGUUUUUGUUGUCAUUAACCGAAGAGAAAGACGUAUCUUGUGAUCUUGUGUUUUCCUUGACGCGGUAUUAAAAUACAGAAAUGUGUAAUGGUGGGAUGUAGGCUAAAUGAAGAUAUGUUGAGGGAUUCCUAAGCAUAGCUCAGUGGACUAAACAACCUUAGUUCAAAUGAGUCCCAUGCCUUUAAACUAAGUGUUGUUGUACCUACAGUAUGAUUGAUGUGAUCUGUUGUUAUAACUCCUCCCUCUUAUUCAUGGUGAACCCACCAUCUCGACUUUACUACGAGGUCCUCUGAUCUCAACCCUACUCAAGCGUUGAACUGAUGUUUAAAAAUAUAUAUAUAUUUUAAAAAAUAUCUUCAAUAAAAUGUUGAUGUUGCCUGGGUAAUCACGUCUAACUCCAGUGGAAAGAGUUUGGUGUUAUUUGAUGGAGUUUACUGUGGCAUCGAUAUUACCAGAGGGGCAGCCAACGUACCAUUUCCGAUCAAAGUAAAAUAGAAAUUGAAGCCUUUAUGAGUGUGUGGUAGUCAUUUUCUUAGUGUGUAUGUCUGACUGGUCAAAGCAGACCUGAUUUUUAACCUCAGACCAAGGAGAAGCAAAGUGUGUAAGUGUUUGGGCAAAGUACGGUAACACUUUAAUAAUAAACCAUUUAUAAGGGAUUACAAAACAUUUAAGGUAUUUACAAAC